AUGGUUGUUUUUCAUUGUGGUAGUUGUGGUGAAGCACUUAAAAAAAAUCAAGUCGAUAAACAUAUAGCAAGUACAUGUCGACGAGUGCCAACACUCUUUUGUAUAGAUUGUGGAAAAGAUUUUACUAAAGCAAAUGAUCAAACACUUACUCUAGAUGCUUUAAAGAAAAAGAUUCUCAAACGGUAUAAAAAAUUGAAACCAAAUCAAGCUAAAGAAGAUGACUCACUCUUGAAAAAAUUGGAAAAGAAAAUUCAACGUGCACCAUUCGUUCAACAAAUUGAAGAAAAUGUGUAUCGAUUGUCUGAAUGA